UGCGUGACUCUUUGUCCCCCUUCCAAGAUGGCUGCGUCCGUAGUGCGGCGCUUGUGGCCUCUGGUGGCUGCUCGGGGCCUGCGGCUCCGGGGAGGCUGCGUUUGCAACCAGAGCCCAAGGAGAAGUUUUGCUACGGAGAGACGAGACCGGAACCUCCUGUACGAGCACGCGCGUGAGGGCUACAGCGCGCUCCCUCAGCUGGACAUGGAGCCGCUGUGCGCAUACCCGGAAGAGGCCGCGCGCGCCCUGGAGCUCCGCAAGGGGGAGCUGCGGUCGGAGGAUCUGCCCGCGAUCAUCUCGACAUGGCAGGAGCUGAGGCUGCAGCGGGAGCAGAUCCGGAGGCUGGAGCAGGAGAAGGGGGCCGUGGCUGAGGCCGUGCGGGCCCUGCUGGUAAACCAGGACCACAGUCAAGUGCAGCAGGACCCCCAAUAUCAGAGUCUGCGGGCACGUGGCCGGGAGAUCCGGAAGCAACUCAUGCUCCUGUACCCCAAGGAGGCCCAACUCGAGGAGCAGUUCUACCUGCGGGCGCUGAGGCUGCCCAACCAGACCCAUCCAGACGCGCCCGUUGGGGACGAAAGCCAGGCCCGAGUGCUCCGUGUGGUUGGAGACAAGCCAGCUUUCUCCUUCCAACCCCGGGGCCACCUGGAAAUAGCUGAGAAACUCGACAUCAUCCGUCAGAAGCGUCUGUCCCACGUGUCUGGCCACCGCUCCUACUACCUGCGCGGGGCUGGGGCCCUCCUGCAGCACGGCCUGGUCAACUUCACACUCAACAAGCUCAUCCACCGGGGCUUCACCCCCAUGACGGUGCCAGACCUUCUCCGAGGAGCUGUGUUUGAGGGCUGUGGGAUGACACCAAAUGCCAAACCAUCCCAAAUUUACAACAUCGACCCCUCCCGCUUUGAAGACCUCAACCUGGCCGGGACAGCAGAGGUGGGACUUGCAGGCUACUUCAUGGACCACUCCGUGGCCUUCAGGGACCUGCCAAUCAGGAUGGUUUGUUCCAGCACCUGCUACCGGGCGGAAACAGACACGGGGAAGGAGCCGUGGGGGCUGUAUCGAGUGCACCACUUCACCAAGGUGGAGAUGUUUGGGGUGACAGGCCCUGGGCCGGAGCAAAGCUCGCAGCUGCUGGAGGAGUUCCUGUCCCUUCAGAUGGAGAUCUUGACAGAGCUGGGCCUGCACUUCCGGGUCCUGGAUAUGCCCACCCAGGAGCUGGGCCUGCCCGCCUACCGCAAGUUUGACAUUGAGGCCUGGAUGCCGGGCCGAGGCCGCUUUGGCGAGGUCACCAGUGCUUCCAACUGCACGGACUUCCAGAGCCGCCGCCUCCACGUCAUGGUCCAGACGGAGGCCGGGGAGCUGCAGUUCGCCCACACGGUGAACGCCACAGCCUGCGCUGUCCCCCGCCUCCUCAUUGCGCUCCUGGAGAGCAAUCAGCAAAAGGACGGCUCGGUGCUCGUGCCCUCUGUCCUCCAGCCCUACCUCGGCACCGAUCGGAUCACGACCCCUACCCACGUGCCUCUCCAGUACAUCGGCCCCAACCAGCCCCAGAAGCCCAGGCUCCCAGGCCAGCCUGCCUCGAGCUGAGGACUCAUCCUCGUUGGCCAGUAGGGUUGUCGCUGUUUCCUGGAGCUUAGGGGGUCGUUGGGCCCCUGGGACCUGUUGUCCUGAGCCAUCCCGACAUUUGCCUUCCUCAUGUCAGCUCCCCGCCUGGGCCCCUGGACUCCAGGGUCCACCACUCCUAUGCCCCUACUCCUCGGGAUCAGUCAGUGACCCUGUUGUCGUUGGAGCUCCCAGCCUGCGCUGGGAAGCAGUGGUUCCUCCAAGGGGACUUGGAGGCUCUAGGGAUGGGGGAAGGAGAGGGAGAGGAGGCCUCCAUCCCUCCUUCCUUCUUCCCACCCUCAGUGCUUAAGACAAAGUACCCCAAUAAAUGGUCGGAACAAAG